AUGGAGUUGUUGUGUCACGAGGAUGGACAAUUCCAAGACGCCUCAGAAAGCACCACCGAAUAUAUGAAUUCCACUGCUCUUCGGGCCAGCUCUGACCCGACCUUGACACGGGACCAUCGAACAUUGCAGAACCUUCUGUCACUGGAAAAGACCAGUCGGGCCUCACCAUCAUACUUCGGCACGAUUCAGACAGACAUUCAGCCAUAUAUGCGGAGAAUAUUGGCAGUAUGGAUGCUACAGGUAAUGUAUGACAAAAUAUCCAAAAUGAAUUACAUAAUAUUCAGGUCACGGUUAGUGGUAAUUGUGAUAGGAUUUUGCUGUCAAAUUGGAUGUAAUUCUUUCAUUGACCACCAUCAUGCCACUGCAACACCGUCAUCCAAGUUUAAUUGUCUCAGUUCGCUUUCUUAUGUAGCUAAUGCACUCAUCAGCCUACAUUGCACCUGAAAGCAAGAGGGACUCUCUUGGACUGAUUGGGUAAAAUACUAACACCAAAAGAGAGACACAUUGGAGGACUACAGUACAAAAAAGCUACAAGAAAACAUAUGCAUGUGUAUAGAAACAAAUCUAUCCACGAAACCAGUGCAGUCCUUACUUAUCGUUGUUUAACAAACUUAUUUCCUCCAACAGGUUUGCGAGGAGCAGAAGUGUGAGGAAGAGGUGUUUCCUUUGGCCAUCCACUAUCUGGACUGUUACUUGAGUCGCUUCCCUGUUCAAAGGUCCAACCUGCAGCUUUUAGGUGCUGUUUGCAUGUUCCUGGCCUCAAAACUGCGAGAGACGGUACCCCUGAGUGCCAGCAAGCUCUGCAUCUACACUGACAAUGCAAUUACAGUGUCAGAGCUCCUGGUAAACACAAGAUUUGUUUACAAGUUCCAUUUGCUUUUGCCAUAAGUAUAAUAAAAUGGCUGAUACAUUUGAUGCACUUUGACUCGUCAAUAAGUGUGUUAUUACUUCGUAAUAGCAGGUUGAAUACACUGUAAUUUCAGUUCUCUGUUCUGCUUUUCAGUCAGUAGGAGCCUGUUUUAUGUUAAUGUAAUAGCCUACAUAUGUAUUUAUCUGUUAUGCAGCAGUUGGAGCUUAUGAUGGAUUUAAUGUAAUGUGUGGGUGUCUGUUUUGCAGCAGUGGGAACUUGUGGUGGUGGCAGGGUUAGAGUGGGACCUGGCUUCUGUGUUACCCUCUGACUUCCUGGAGCAAAUUCUUCAUGGCAUACCCAUAAUCCCUCACAACCUCCAUGCCUUGCGCAGGCAUGUCCACUCCUACAUUGCACUGGCAGCCACAGGUAGGGUCAGACAUUGUGUAACUCAUGGCGGUGUGAUUGUUGCUUCUAGCAAUGCAGAAACAUUUAGGCCUACACGUCAAGUAUCAUAGAAAAACAAACAUCUCUUUGUUAUUCUAUAUGAUAGGUUGUGCAUGGCACUUCUUUGAUUAAUAAUAGCUUGUGUUUCACUUAUUCAAAGAAAUCAAGUGGCUCUGUGUGAGGCAAACAAAGGGCACACAGCAACCAUAACUUUGAUUACGAUGUGUCAGCGGUUCAUUUGGGGGUAGGGGGGGUGGGCUGAGUUUGUGUAAUCCUGUAUUGUGCGGUGUGAAAGACCCAUGCCCGUCCAUUCAACUGCCUGAUUUCCCACGAAUCUCCCACGAGGUUGCCCGAGGCAACCAGUCACUGGGAUACAGUCAGGGCCAUUUUGAAUAGGCUGUUUUAUUGUAUCUGGAUUCGGCCCAUUCCUGACUCCUGACUUUGAAACCUAUUCUAUGAGGUGUGGGUGAGAGGAUUGCCUGAGAUUGAUUAAUUGUCUCGUCGUCUUUCCUGCCUGGAGCCAUUGGGUUAAAGUGUUAGAUUUUCAGGUUUUGGGAAAUGACCGUCUUUAAGCACUUCCUAUUGUCUGUCAGGGCGGCAUUCCUCUACUCCUAUGGCAUCCUGCCUCAGGGAUUAACGAUGUCUGCUCCAAACCACUAACUCCCAAUUGUUAAGAAAUUAAUUUCUGUUGCACACCUGGUAUUAUGUUCCUUGUCCACAAAGUGGGUCUGACAAUUGCUCUGUCAUCUAAGCAGAUUAGUAUAACAGACUGGUCAAACCUAAAGGUAUUACUUUUCUGCUGAUCUCUUGUUUAUCACCCUGCCUUUAGAGUUUAAAUUCUCUGUGUUCCUGCCCUCCACUAUUGCCUGUGCCAGUGUGGGCGCUGCCAUUCGCAGACUGAAGCUCCUGGAAGGAGCUCUAUCCAAUGAUUCACUCAUGCAGUUGCUAGCCAACAUCUUGGCCAUUGAUCUGGUGAGGCGAAUAUUUAACUAGAAACCUGCUGCUCCUUCUUUAACCUUGUCUGUUUCCUCUUCAAGCAAAUGCCUGUAUUUUCCUUGUUUGUCUGGCUCCUCCUUGUUUUCUUGUUUGUCUGCAGAAAAAAGGCCUCCUUUAUUCAAGGAAGCAAGCAGACUGGUUUUGAAACAAAUAGUACAAAUGUCAUUGUUUUCUCUGGGCCUUGGUUGGUGAGGACUCUGGAGAUUGAUGUUUUUCAGCUUAGACUCUUUCUUUAUGGCGCUGUCCCCAAACAGGAGUCUCUCUGCUGCUGCUCUGACCAGUUGGAGGGUGUGCUGGAGCUCAGCCUGCCCCCCUGCCCCCAGGCACCAGGGGCUUGCCGUUCAGGGACGCCCGGCCCAGAGGUCAGCUACACUCCCACUGACAUCCAGGACGUACACCUGUCACCACUGGGCUAG